UAGUGAUAACCUCCAGAAUUUAUCUUGCAGUGAAAUUCCACAAUUCUAAAAAAGCAGAUACGAUUGUUUCCCGUGUUCGUUUUUCGUUUGCACUGUGUAAUUGUGAUUGCGAGUAAUGGAUUGUGUUGCUUCAUGUAUGCUUUAUUGAAAUGAUAAUUAAUUUGAAGCCAAAGAAGUGAUAUUGAGGGGUGAGCGGUAUUUCUGCUUCGCGAGGGUAUUAAGUUUUGCCAGCAUUAUCAAAGAAGCAUGUAAGGUUCUAUUAGAACUUGUCCUCGUUGGAAUUCAAAAUGAAAGUGAUCUUUCCGGAUACGCGUUUUGUCCUGGAAUUGCAGUGAUACUGUGCUGAAAUAAGUGUAGAAACCAAGCGUUAGUAGAAGAAACUCCCAUAGCUCCUAAAGGAAGUCCUACAAAAUUCGACUCCUCCAAGUGCGGUUAGUAUUAAGUUCCCAUCUAUAUUUCACAAGUGAAUGAGUUUUGUGUUAAAAAAGUGCUAAGAUGUCUCAACUCUCCAAUGGACUAUGUCGAAACUUUAGAGUCGUGGGUAUACUAUGCGUCGGUCUACUGAUAGGCUACUGCCUAGCCCAAUUUUUAUUUUGGUCUGCACGAGAAGAGGAGAUCAAAUGGUGGCCUAGUAGGGCUCACUUCAAAUCACUCAGUCUAAUCAGCAGAGAGCAUGCUAACCUGUCAACGAUAGAAGCAGGAACCCCAGCUCCAGUAGUCAAAGUGAAAAAUAAAAAUCGAAUCCUUUGCUGGGUUAUGACUGCCCCAGCUAAUCAUCAGAAAAAAGCAAAGGCCGUCAAGGAAACGUGGGGGAAGCGAUGUGAUAUAUUUCUCCUGAUGAGUUCGGCGGAAGAUAAGGACCUAGGAACGGUUGUGUUGGCAGUGGAAGAAGGACGAAAAAAUCUCUGGUUGAAAACGCGGGAUGCGUUUAAGUAUGUCUACGAUCACUAUCUGAACGAUGCUGACUGGUUUCUUAAGGCAGACGAUGAUACAUAUGUCAUUGUCGAGAAUCUUAGAUACAUGUUGAGCACUCACAAAACAGAGACUCCCAUUUACUUCGGUUUCAAGUACAAUACAUACAUGAAACAGGGCUACAUGGCUGGUGGAUCAGGUUAUGCCCUUAGCCGUGAAGCAGUGAGACGCUUUGUCGAGGAAGGUUUGACUAAGAACGAUACUUGCCAGAAAUUCAAAUUUGCCGAGGACGUCUGGAUUGGGAAAUGUUUGGAGGAAUUGAACGUGAUUGCUGGGGAUAGUCGUGAUGAACUAGGACGAGAACGGUUUUCAGCUCUCUCGUUGGAUCGUCUAUGGUGGAGCAAAAAAUCUGAGAAAUGGUUUCAGAAAUACGCAUUUUAUCCGUUACGGGAGGGAAAAGAUUGCUGUUCUGAGUAUCUGGUGGCUAUCCAUUACAUGACUCCCGAGAGUAUGGUAUUGUAUGACUAUUUAAUAUAUACACUAAAGGUUUAUGAUAAACUUUUGUGAUUGUUUAUGUUUUAGAAAU